AGAGAGAGAGAGAGAGAGAGAGAGAGAAAGAAAGGACCUGAAGAGGAGUACUGUUGUUGGGGGUGGUGGUGGUGGUGAUGGUGUUUUAAAAAGCUAUUAUAAUGCUUAAGCCAAAUAACUCCAAGAAAAGAAGAAUUAGCACUCAGGAGGCAGAGGCAGGUGGAUCUGGAUCUCUGCAUUCCAGAGACAGCCAGGGCUACACAGAGAAACCUGUCUCAAAAAACAAAACAGAAGAAAGCUGGGUGGUGGGGGCGGCACACACCUUUUAUCCCAGCGCUCAGGAGUCAUAGGCAGGUGGAUCUCUGUGAGUUCGAGGCCAGCCUGGUCUACAGCGUGAGUUCUAUGACAGCCAGAGCUACACAGAGAAAUCUCUGUCUUGAAAAACAGACAAACAAAAGGAAGAAAAAGAAGAGGGGGUGGGGGGAGGUGAAUUACUGGCCUGGCCCCAGGCUGAGGAGUGACCUGUGGCUCCAGCCCUUCUCAUCUACACACAGGUCAACAUCUACCCUUCCACCCCACAGCCCCUUAAGGCUCCUCUCUUUUUCCCUGGCAACUGACAUAGAGGAGGCCCUCAGGAAAUGUCUGGUGACAAAUGAAUUAGAAAAUGUCUCCACACCCUCGGUGGGCUUAUCCAAGCCCUCCCUUGAUCACCUGUCAAGAGGGGACCAGAUUAGAGGUUUCUCUAGUUCAAGAAUUGGAAUUUCCGUGGGCCAGGAUCCCUUCAAUGCCGAUACCCUUGCCAGAUACAGUAUUUUGGGGGUACCUGGAGAGCUGCCUCCCAUGAGUUAUGGGAGAAAAGAGGAAAGGGGGGAAGGGGAAGGAGGAAGGGGGACUAUAGCCGGUCCCUGAGCCAGCACCCAGUCAUUUGUUUGUUCGUUUGUUUUUCCAGACCCGUUUUCCUCUGUGUCGUUUUGGUGCCUGUCCUGGAUCUCGCUCUGUAGACCAGGCUGGCCUCGAACUCACAGAGAUCCACCUGGCUCUGCCCCCCCCCUCCCCCCGAGUGCUGGGAUUAAAGGCGUGCGCCACCACUGCCCAUCACCCAGUCAUUUUUAACCCUUGGAGGGCAACCUGGUCAUCACCAUUGCCAGCUCUGCCCCUCACCCACCACCCUUCUUGGGUCUACCACCCACCCACCUGUGGUCUGCUGUCUGGAAGGUCAGAAGAGGUGGCAAGCAUCCUAAUCCAUCAUUAACCCACUGAAUCCUCUCAACAUCCAGGAGAGAGGAAGGUAGAGGUGGCCAGUUGGAACUCAGGUAGCCCGUCCUAACCUCACUCUCCACCCUGCCUGGGGCUGCUGGAAGCUGUAUGGCUGGUGCCCAGUGGACCCUCCAUAAGGCCCUCUCAACUUCCUGGGACCCUGAGAGCCGUUCCUACCACUAGGGCUAGUGAUGGCAUUUUCUAAGUGCCCCCAAACUGAAAUUCCUGAAGGCAAUGUUGGGAUUUCCUCUUCUUCCGUUACAAGACCAAGCACCCCAAAAGAAGCUGAGAAAGCACCCUUCCAGGAUCCCACAGGACAAAGAGGAUGGUUCUCUCUACCAAGGAUGCUUAUCUGGAGCUGGGGGAGGAGCCCAGUUUCUCCUCCUGCCUCUACUCCACCCGCACUCACACUCCCAGAGUGCUGGAGUUGGAAGGGAGGGCCCUGAGCAGCUUCUGAGAGCCACCACAGGCCUUCCAGCUUGGCUGCCGGAGAGUCGAGCACAUCUUGCCCGAGAUCAGAACUGCCACAGGACAGCAGAGUCCUGUACUUCACCUGUCCUUUCUCCUCUACUGGCUUCCACUCUGAUUCCUACGACUCCUGCUUCUUUCUGCUUCUCUCCAGGACUGGGGACUCGUGGGGGAUGUUAGCUUGCCUAUGCACGGUGCUCUGGCACCUCCCUGCAGUACCAGCUCUUAAUCGCACAGGAGAUCCAGGGCCUGGCCCCUCCAUCCAGAAAACCUAUGACCUCACCCGCUACCUGGAGCACCAACUCCGCAGCUUGGCUGGGACCUAUCUGAACUACCUGGGGCCCCCUUUCAACGAGCCCGACUUCAAUCCUCCUCGGUUGGGGGCCGAGACCCUGCCCAAGGCCACUGUCAACUUGGAAGUGUGGCGAAGCCUCAGUGACAAGCUGCGGCUGACCCAGAACUAUGAGGCCUACAGCCACCUCCUGUGUUACUUGCGCGGCCUCAACCGGCAAGCUGCCACCGCCGAACUCCGGCGCAGUCUGGCCCAUUUCUGCACCAGUCUCCAGGGCCUGCUGGGCAGUAUUGCAGGUGUCAUGGCAGCUCUCGGCUACCCACUGCCCCAGCCUCUGCCAGGGACUGAGCCAGCCUGGGCCCCUGGCCCUGCCCACAGUGACUUCCUCCAGAAGAUGGAUGACUUCUGGCUGCUGAAGGAGCUGCAGACCUGGCUGUGGCGUUCAGCCAAGGACUUCAACCGGCUUAAGAAGAAGAUGCAGCCACCGGCAGCUUCCGUCACCCUGCACUUGGAGGCCCAUGGCUUCUGAUUUCUGACCCUUAACUCCUCCCAGUCCCCUGCCCCAGUCAGCUGUGUUUCCAUUCUGGGGUGGAAAAAACAAACCUGUAUACCAACAUUUGUUGAGCCAGGAAACAGACAGUGGGAACUCAGUCCUCCUCUGCCUUGGAUGGGGAGUGUAACUCGAUAAGCCCUGUCCCCUGACCAGCUCCUAGAGUCCUAGGGUCUGGGGAAAAGGUGAAGUGGGCAUUAUCCUGUUGCCACAGAGAUAACGCUUGAGGGAGUGGAAUGGCUCAGGUGGGUAUAAAGAUACUCCCUGCCUCCCGCUUUCUGCCUGCCACUUGCCAGUGCCCACUCAGUUCCUCAUGUGGCACUUGCAGAAGCACACCUGGAGGGCAUGGGUGGGGCCGCCGUAGCUUGUGCCUUUCUGGGGUAAAGCCCCCUGGCUUCCCUCCCUCUCCUUGGAUGGGUGUUGCUCCCCUACCCCAAUAACUACAUAUCCAGUUCAGGAAACAAGGUGGCCAGUCUAAAGAAGGGUGUGAUAGAAAGCGGAGGGGUAGGGUCUGUGCUGGAGGUGGUCUAGAAACCAGAAGAUGUAAUACUAAGAGAGCAGGGCAGGGACAGACCAGACCCAGCAGUCGCCAAGGCCGUUGGUGGCACAGGGCAGAAAACAGAAGCCAUGUGGAGCAUCAGGACCUCGCCUUGAAUUGUCUUGCCGGCAUCUCGGUGCCUCCUCUCCACCCCUUUCCCAGGGUAUCUGUGGCUGCCUGGGCUGGGGAGGGCAGCCACAGCCACAGGGUUUCCUGAAAGUUUACAUUGCAGUAGCAUUGUGGGGUGAGGGGGAUGGCUCCCCAGGCCCUACCCCCAGCCCCCACCCACUCAUGACUCUAAGUUUGUUGUAUUAAUAUUUAUUUAUUUGGAGAUGUUAUUUAUUAGAUGAUAUUUAUUGCAGAAUUUCUAUUCUUGUAUUAACAAAUAAAAUGCUUUCCCCAGAACUUGGA